UAGGUGGAUAGGUGGAACACUCAAUCAUGGAUUCCGGUUAAAAAUGUGCCCAAUCUCAAGAUUCGCUUGAAUGAUUAUCUUGAUGAAAAAUACUCGAUAUCUCGAUGACGAAAUCGAACAGUCUCGAUUAACUUGUGCUUACGUGUUCCGUACAAAAUGACUUUGAAAAAGAAUUUUUUCGUAUUUUUAUUAUUGUUUACAAUUAUUUCAUGCAUUGCCACGCCGGACGAGAAAACCGGCGAGUGUGGGUGUGGCAGAAAUUUAAAUCGUGAAAAAAACGAUCAAUCAGAGACCGAAGAUAAUUUUAAGUGUUUAAAAAAUGAUGACAAGUGUGAAAAUGAACCAGCUGCAAAAUCUCUGUGGACAAGCCCGACAAAAGAAAAUAUGGUUUUUAUAAAGGGUGGAACUUUUACAAUGGGGACGAACAAACCGAUUUUUAAAGUCGAUGGUGAAGGUCCUGAGAGAAAAGUCACUUUGGACGAUUUUUACAUCGAUAAAUAUGAAGUUAGUAAUAAAGAUUUUCAAGAAUUUGUUGAGGAAAAAAAAUAUUUGACUGAAGCUGAAAAAAUGGGGGAUUCUUUCGUUUUUGAUGGUUUAAUGAGUGACAGUGCUAAAGCCAAAAUUGAUCAGGCCGUUGCUCAUGCUCCUUGGUGGCUCCCUGUCAAAGGCGCUGAUUGGCGACAUCCGGAAGGGCCUGAUUCUAAUAUUACAUACAAAUUGGAUCAUCCAGUGAUCCAUGUUUCUUGGGACGAUGCUGUUGCUUACUGCAAAUGGCUUGGAAAACGUUUGCCGACCGAAGCUGAAUGGGAAUAUGUUUGCAGAGGUGGACGUUCCAAUCGGUUAUUUCCUUGGGGUAACAAACUCACCCCUAACGGUGUUCACAGGAUGAAUAUCUGGCAGGGGAAAUUUCCAGAGAAAAAUACUGUAGACGAUGGCUUCGUUGGGACUGCUCCGGUAACUGAAUAUCCACCGAAUAAAUUUGGGGUUCAUAAUAUCGUGGGAAAUGUUUGGGAAUGGACAGCGGAUUGGUGGUACACUCGACACACUGAUGAAAAAAAGAAAAAUCCGACGGGACCAAAAAGUGGCAAAGAGCGGGUGAAAAAAGGUGGCUCGUAUCUUUGCCACGAAAGUUACUGCUAUCGCUACCGAUGUGCAGCACGAAGCCAGAACACACCUGAUACUUCUGCAGGAAAUCUUGGAUUUCGAUGUGCUUCGAGUGCUUCGUAAUUGACUGCAAUUUUACGAAUUGGAAUUUGGUUAUAAGUUUCUCUAUGUAGAGAGAAAGCGUUGAAAAAUUUGUACAUAUUUUGUAACGUGAAACCAUGGACUAUUGCAUAUAAUAAAAAAAAACAAAUGGAGUUUGGGAGCACAAGAAUAAAUGAGGCGAUAAGAGAGAA